CGUCACCUAAGUCUAUCUAUCUUCUUUGCACUUUAACGAGCGGGUGUGACAGAAGAGGGAGAAGUGACCGGGCUGCCGGAGAGGCAGAGCAGGCAUGGGUGCCCUGAAGGGCCAGGAGCAUCAGCCUCCCCAGGAGGUUGAAACCCGAGAAGAUGAAGAGCAGAAUAUUAAACUGAGUGAAAUUUUAGAGCUGCUAGUGGCAGCUGGAUACUUCAGGGCAAGAAUUAAAGGGCUGUCUCCCUUUGAUAAAGUGGUUGGCGGCAUGACGUGGUGUAUCACAACAUGUAAUUUCGACAUUGAUGUCGACUUAUUGUUCCAAGAAAAUUCGACCAUUGGUCAAAAAAUUGCCUUAACUGAGAAAAUUGUAUCAGUCUUGCCCAGAAUGAAGUGCCCACAUCGUCUGGAGCCUCAUCAGAUACAGGGGUUGGACUUCAUUCAUAUAUUUCCUGUUGUGCAGUGGCUGGUGAAACGUGCAAUAGAAACCCGGGAAGAAAUGGGAGAUUAUAUUCGCUCAUAUUCCAUAUCUCAGUUUCAAAAGACACACCGACUACCCGAGGAUGAUGACUUCAUGCAAAGGAAAGAGAAGGCUGUCAAAGCAGUUACUGAGAUCUCUGAGGUCUAUAAGCCACAAAGGAAAUAUCAACGACAAGCAGGAGCAGAGAAGUUAGUAGAUGAGGAGUCUAAAGUUCAUGCUACACUUUUGGAAUAUGGCAGUUUCACUGAUUUCUUGAGGUAUGGGUUCAGCAGACAAGGAAAAAUGGAAAAGGCUGAAGACAAGAAAAUGGCGCUACCUGCUGGGCUCUUACCAGUAGGGAAAACUGAGGCCUAUACUGAAGAUGACCUUCAAGCUGCGGAAGAGCUUCGUAUUAAAACAUUGAUGACUGAGAUGGCUGCUAUGGGAACAGAAGAGGGCAGACUGACCGCAAGCACUGUAGGUCAGAUAGUUGGACUUCAGUCUGAUAAGAUCAAGCAGAUUGUGUCUGAGUAUGCAGAAAAGCAAUCAGAACUUUCUGCAGAGGAGCGUCCAGAAAGACUCGGAGCAGCCCAGCAACACAGAAGGAAAGUGGCAUCUCUAAACAAGCAGAUCUUGCAGAAAACUAAACAGCUGGAUGAAUUGCAGGCUAAAUGUGCCAGCCUGCAAUCAGGAUGUAAGGAGGCCAAGAAAACACUAAAUGAGGUUAAGAACCAUAGUGAAAAACUGGACAAGGAGUUGGCGGCAUUAGAAAUAGUGGAAUCCCAAGCAGAUUCGACUGUAUUGCAGAAGCUGCGGACACUGGUGGCCAUGAAUGAGAACCUCAAAAGCCAAGAGCAAGAAUUUAGAGCGCAUUGUAGGGAAGAGAUGGGACGCCUCCAGCAAAACAUUGAAAGUUUGAAAGCAGAAGCAGCCGAAACUGGCGAGGAAAAGGAACCUGCUAAAAUUAUAGACCAACAAUACAAAUCUGAGAAAGAGAAGUUGCAAAAGAUCAGGCUGCUUCUGGCCCGACGAAAUAGAGAAAUAGCCAUUUUACAACGCAAGAUUGAUGAGGUGCCCAGCAGAGCUGAGUUAACACAGUACCAGAAGAGAUUUAUUGAACUUUACAGCCAGGUAUCAGCAACUCACAAAGAAACCAAGCAGUUCUUCACCCUCUAUAACACAUUGGAUGAUAAGAAAGUGUAUUUGGAAAAAGAGGUUAACUUGCUUAAUUCAAUUCAUGACAAUUUCCAGCAAGCCAUGGCAUCUUCUAGUACUCGAGACCAGUUUCUGCGGCAGAUGGAGCAGAUCGUAGAAGGAAUUAAACAGAAUCGAAUGAAGAUGGAAAAGAAGAAGCAAGAAAACAAAAUGAGAAGGGACCAAUUAAAUGAUGAAUACCUGGAGCUACUAGAGAAACAGAGGCUUUACUUCAAAACAGUCAAAGAAUUUAAAGAGGAAUGCCGCAAAAAUGAAAUGCUUCUUUCCAAGUUAAAGGCCAGGUGUUCUUGAAGAAAUUCAGAUAGUGGUUCUUUUAUAUGAUUUGAGUUCAUCGUUUUCUACACCCUUUUUUUCAUUUGGAUCCAUCCAGUGACUAGGAUUUAUUAAUUGUGAAGAUUUAAUGCAGUAUAGUAGCAGCUGGGAAGUAUUACCUUAUUUGAUUUUUUGUGUGUAUAUGUAUUAAAGACACUAAAGAAUAACAUUCUUUCUUACUUUGAUUUACCUAUGCACUAGUUAACAUUUCAGUAAAAAUCACAUGCUUUAGAAAACAUGUAUGAAGUUUUAAACAAAAAGAAUAAAUCAAGAUGCAUUGAACAAAA